GUUGUUCGGUAUAACUUUGAUUAAACAUUUAUUUAGUUUUCGUAAACUGUUAUAUCCUUUUUAUUCAUUGUUAUACCUGCAUGCAAAGUUUAUUGGUUUUCCAGCAUUUUUAAAAAGGUUUAAAAAAUAACUGUUCGGUGGAUAACGCUAUCCAGUUUGGCCCCUGUCCAAUAAUUUUGGAAUUGUAUAUGAUUCCAUGUUUUCAUCGGAAGCUGUGGGACUUCCUAAUAUAGGUUAGAAUUUGUUGAGUUCUGUUAUCGUUCAUUUCGUUCCAACACUAGUACUUUGUAGUUUGAACUACUGAUGAAACUGUUGAAAAACGAAAAAGAUGGUUUAAUAAUAUGCUUUGAAGUUGUUUUACAGCAUACAAAUAUAUAGAGAGAGAGUGUCUGAAAAGACAAAAGCGAAAUCUCACUUGCAGAUGAUGUAUAGCUAAUGCAUUAUAGCUAUAAUUGAGAUUUACCUUUUAGAUAUAGCAUAAAGUGUUAAGAGUGUAAAAUAUUUGCCGAUCGAAAACCACACUCUUCGAAUGCUGAUAAUCGAAUAACGCAUGCACACACGCCUUAUAAACCAUCCAGUUUACAUAUAAUUGUCAACGAUGUGAACUUGUGUUGCCUAUAUUGUUCACAGUUGUAAUCAACAGCGAACAAUAUCGUUUACACUCAAUUCAGUUUCAACAAUAUCGUUCAAUGACAAUGUUGUUGUCAAGUGUAUAUAUAUAGCUACAUAUAAUAGUAUAUAGUUGAUUGUAACCAGCAUAUAUUUUUCAUGCAAAAAAGUGCAUGAUAUACAAGGUUUCCAUGCUGGUAUAAACCAAGAGUUUUUAGCCCUGUACAUGCGCAUCAAGUUCGUAUACAAUAAACUCAGAUUAGCGUUUUGCAUUCAUAACCCUCAAUCCUAGAACGCUAAUCCUCGUGCAGAUCGAUGUAAUUUCUGGAAAUCGAUAUGGAAAGUCAAUCCGCUCAAGACAGCGGAUUAAAAUUUAACCUGUACAAUGCAGAAGUAGAGAAAAGGUCGAGCAAUAUACAAAGAGAUACACAUUGUUCAUUGAACAAAAUAACUCUAUACUUCCAGACCGGUAGCUGGUCUUAACCCCCGUAAUGACCUCAAUAUCCGACGUGUCAUGCCGUACAGUUUUUCCUGGAAGUGAUCUUAAAAAACUUCAGCCGGAAGAACUAGCAAGAGCACAUGCACUAAAUGGUAUAUUAAGCUACGUUUGUCUCGCAAAGCGAAAGAAUCAAACGAUUUCAAAGGGCAAUACCGUCUUGAAAAUAUUUGGUCUACAUCAAGAGAAGAUGUCUCGCUGCCUUAGUUACGGUCAACAUAUGCAAGAAUUUACGCGAGAAUACACUGGGAAAGAAAUACAAGAAACUAUAAUUUUAUCCUUGCUCAUGCAGUGAGGCUGAUACAGGUCGCGAAUUCGUGAAAGUUGGCGCAUUUGAAAAUUUGAGUAUAAUGAAUUUUUUCAAUGACAAUUAAUGGCGAUGUCAAUGAUUAUAAUUUGACGGCCUGACACAAAGAAACUGAUAAUAUAUAUAAGCUCUUAGUAUAACAUAUUUUUUACUUGCAUAUAGACGACCAUAAGGGAUGGCUGGGAAUAAUUCAGACAGUCGGUCAUCUGUUCCUGGUGAGCUGCAAAAUGGGGCUGAUAAUCAAGUUGCAAUAGGCGAUAGUAAUGGUGCAGAAAUAACAUCAGUUCCAGGUGAGCCUGGUUUUCAAGACAAAGAUGACGAUCAAGAUGAUAUAGACCUCAAAGCAAACUUGUUCCGCGUAGAAAGUGAUAUAUUUUGGAGCAUAAUUUGCGGAUUUCUCAACAACUUAUCAGAGAAAGAAAUUUCUGAUGCGAAAGAUCACUUUUGCAAUUGUGUGAACUCGAUUAUUAAGGCAUAUGAAGAGAAAGCCCAAGAAGCAAAAUUUUGGAAAGAUUUGUUGAAACGGAAAACUAAAGAAAAGAACAAAAAAAUAAAAGAACUCGAACAUUGUGUCUCUGAAUUAACCAAACAGUUAGAUUCAAAAGUAUGCGAAAAAUGUGGUAAAAAGGGAAUAUCUGAACAAUUUCGUUCGUUAUCAGUGAACGAGAAUACGAAGGGUAAAACAGAAAUUGAUGGACCACAGGUAGUAAAUAUGGACAAUAGAAGUAAGGGACCGCUUGAAAACGAGGAAGCCACUGGAGACAAAACGGACACUGGAAAGUCGAGAUCUCGAUCAACCCCCGACGUAAGGUGUCCUUACGCUUUUUGCGGGUUUGUUUCGCUUCUGUGUUUACUUCACGAGAAGGGGAUCUACUUCUGCGCCAUAAAAUUACUCCUAAAAUUAGGAGCAGAAACUGAUUGCGAGCCCCCAAGUUGUACGAAGAUCUUGAACAACCUCCACGAAUUGCGGUUCCUCAAGAGAGUAUAUAAAUGUCCUGAUGUCGACCAGGUUGGACGAGACGAAACCCUAAAGAUAGCUGCAAACGAAUUAAAACUAUCAGGACAAAAGGCAGGUUUAUUGUCGUAUUCGACAGAUGAUUUCAGUCAUUGCCUUACGGUAUACCUAACAGAAAAGGAAGGCGAGUUGGAAAUUCACGAUGCGGACGAAAACGUUUCUCACAUCACCGAUUUUGAAAACGUUAAUAUCCUCGAGUUGAUUGUUUUGAGAUGUGACAGAAAUGGUGAACCACUAAUUGUUAAAGAAUGGGGAGAUCAAUGUCAUAAGGAUAUAUGUGAAUACGAACUGAGACGACUGAAGUCAGACUACUCAACGCCCAAUGCUGUUAUGAAUGGGGACAAUAGAAAUGGGGCAUUUCGUGAAGAUAAUCCCGCAGAUGUUUUUGAGGAUGGCGAUGAUCAGAAUAGUGAAAAAAGCAUUUUGUGACGUGGUCUUAUUGAGCAAAAAUUACUUGAUUCAUUGUUAAUCCAGGUGAACUACCGAAUGAAGAUAAUCUAGAUAAUAGUUAAAUCCAGUUAACUCAGAAAUGCACGAGUCUGGUUUGCCAAUUCUGUCCUUAACUACAGUUAAAAGUUAACUAGUUUUUUAA